AUGUUACAUGUAUUGUGUGGAGCGUUUCUAUUUGUAACGGUAUACACGGAGUCCCGUGGGGCCGGAAUACAGCGGUCGGAUUCCAAGGACUGUCCAUUCCCCUGUACCCAGGGAGGUGUUCAUUACUGCUAUCCUUUACCUUGUCCUCUCCCACCCUGCUCCAAUCCUGUAACUACCCCAGGGGAAUGCUGUCCUCACUGUCCUAGCAUUACAGAUGGUCAUGACGUGGCGAACAAGACCUGCCUACACCCAUGUGAGGUAAACGGACAUCAUUUCUGUUUCCCUCCUCCGUGUCCCCUACCGCCAUGUGCCAACCCAGUGACCCGUCCAGGCCAGUGCUGUCAAACCUGUCCAGAAGGUAACAGCGUUGCGGUCGGUAAACGAGAGGAUUCUGACUGUGUCCAUCCGUGUACACAAGGUGGCGUCAAGUACUGUCAACCUAUACCGUGUCCCUUCCCACCCUGUGAUAAUCCUGUCACCACGCCAGGGGAGUGCUGUCCACACUGUCCUACAGAUGGUCAUGACGUGGCGAACAAGACCUGCCCACACCCAUGUGAGGUAAAUGGAAAUCAUUUCUGUUUCCCUCCUCCGUGUCCACCACCGCCAUGUGCCAACCCAGUGACCCUUCCCAGCCAGUGCUGUCAAACCUGUCCAGAAGACAACAUGGAGAAGGAUCAACAUCCGGUUCAGAGGUCACCUGAAUGGCCCGACCCCUGGAGAUGUUAUCCUCCUCCUCCCUGCCCUCCGCCCCCACCUCCUCCCUACUGUAACGUCAGCGUCAUCCAGCCAUACGAUCUUUGCUGUGAGGUUUGUGAAACAGCCUGUCCAAAUAGGUGUAAAUGGCUGGAUGAUAUAUGGUGCAAUCCCCCAGCCUGUCCACCUGUUCUGUGUCCGAACGCCACGUUGACAGAAGGUGACUGUUGUCCCCAUUGUGAAGCGGAUACUGACCACCAAUAG